AUGUCGGAAAAUUCUCUGGCAGCGCUCUGGGAGAAUGCCAUCCGCGAAUACGAGAAGAGCAUUGACCACCCUCUAGUCACUUCCGAAUUACAUUGUGGUCCUAUAAACUUCCAAGACCCGAAUGGACGAAGUCUUCAAGCCUUUCUCGAAGCCCUUCACGUAAGCCAAGAUCAGUUCACAGCUCAUCGAAACGAAAAGCGCAGAGUUGUGUCAGCCUUCCGCAAAUGUAUCCUCCCCCUGCACUUCAUCAUAGAGGUUGCCGAUCGAGGUCUCCAAUCAACGCCCGCAGCACCGCUCGGCGUUCUUUUCUUUGCAGUCCAACAUAUUUUGAGCACAUGUGAAAGGGUCAGCAACGCAUAUGACGCUGUGGAAGAGUUGUUUCAACGGGUGGCAGCUGUCACAUGCUGCCUUGACGGUUACAAGGACAGCUCCCUCAUCGGCACGCAUCAAACAGUCGUUAUAGAGGUGCUGUCAUGCCUUUUGAGAAUUGUCGGGGCCGCACAAUCCAAACUAGCCAAACCGUCCAGGUUACGCCAAUUUGGACGGUCUCUGUUUCAGAACGAUGAAAGCAUCACAGCUGCCCUCGCGGAGCUCGAGAAACGGGUGCACGAUGAGCUGGGCUAUGUCGUCCGUCUGAAUUUUGGAAUGACACAGCGAAUGAGCGAAACCACCCUCAGCAUACACAAACAAGUCCUCGAGAUCAAGCAGGAGAUUCUGAGAUCUAGAGCAAGUGACGAUCGUUUGGAUGCCAGGACAGAUCUCGUUGAAAAACUAAAAAAUGACUCGUGGGAAGAAUUGCGAAAUCAUCAUCGGAAAAGCGCCAAUGCUAUUGCCGACUCCACGGGGACCUGGAUCCAAAAUGACACCAUGUUUGCAACAUGGGAGAACGGCAAUGGUUCGCUGCUGUGGAUUUUUGGCCGCCCCGGAGUUGGCAAAACGGUUCUGGCUGCUGCGACAGUCGAAUCUCUGAAGAACAAAUACUCCAGGAAUGCUGACAAUGGUCCCAUCCGGCCUACAGGGUACAUGUAUUUCAAGGAGGGCCAACCGAAGCUCCAGAAUCUGAGCCAUAUGUUGAUGGCUGUUGCACUACAAAUCGCCAAGCAAGACCAACAGUUUUAUAACCAUCUGGCCGAGACGAUCAGAACUUAUCCUGACAUUCUUGGAAAGGCAGCGUCUGCGGAAUCUUUGUGGGACCGCUUGUUUCUGUCCUACGAACCUUUCAUGGAAGACCACGAAGAGGUUCGUGGGCUGCUCUACAUCAUCAUUGAUGGGCUUGACGAGGCUAACGACGAAGCAAAACUCGCCCUGUUGACUUGCUUGAGGAGGCUUCUUGCCUCUCAGUCCGACCAUGAACGAAUAUCCAUCCAGGUGGCCGUCUUUGCACGGCCAGAAAUUCGAAAUCUCCUCGACAGCACGGAUGCCGCCUUUCAGGGAAAAGAAAAGAUCAUCGACAUUACGGAAGACCAGACGAAACAAGAUAUUCGUGUCUAUGUGAGGCAUCAGACCAAGGACAUCGCCGCUGUCCGAAUGAUCCGGAGAAUGGAACCAGAGCAAUGUCAAAUCUUCGAAGCCUUCAUCGAAAACAGCAUAGUGACACGUUCACAGGGAAUGUUCUUAUGGGCUAAAUUGGUCAUUGACCAGAUCCGGGACAGCCCUUCUGCUGAAGCGGUUGAAGAAGCACUCAAUGAUGCCCCUUCCGGUUUGAUGGACAUGAUCCAUCUGGUGUUUCUCAGAUUGAACCACGAAGACGAUGUCAGGACCCAGUACUUGACCCACUUGCUCGCUUGGGUCCUGUGUUGUCGCCGUCCGCUAACUGUAGCCGAACUUCAUGUCUGCCUCCUGGAAACCGUUGGCCAGCGUUUCAUAACAAUCUCCGACGAUCUGACGAACAGAUACUCUAGCCUUUUCGACGUCAUCCGGCAAUCAAGUGGUGACGAUACUUCAAGAACUCUAAAGUCAACGCGUUCUUCCAAAGAAGAAUCUGAAGAUGACUCGGACUCUACCGAAAGCGACGAUGAUGAACCUGCGACCGGCUACACGCCAGCCAGGCCCUCGUUCAAACAUUUUAGCUGGAAAAGGCUCAGUGUCCAUGCGAACAAUGGAAUUUUUGACGAAUGGCACCGGAGCACCGUCACCUUUACUCAUGCAAGAAUUCGCGAUUAUCUCGUGCAAGAAGGCAACCCGUCAACCAAGAAAUGGCAUGAUUGCCGAGUGGUUCCGGGCCACCUUGAUGAGUUCAGAAUGCAAAUGGUGCAGGCUCUGCUUGACCUUGCCAUGAAGACAACUGCCCAGAAAUACGGCGUACAUCUUCUCAAACAGUACGCGGCGGAUAAUUGCGUCUCUCACUUGCUGGAGAUCGACAUCAGUGCGAUGCCCCGAGAUCUGUGUGGCCAAGUUGGUGCAAGGUUAGCCUCGCUAUGUUUUGACGGCAAGAUGUUCUACCAUUUACAGAAUGGGAUGUGGCAAAGCACGAUUGAUUCUUGGUUGUUGGACCGGAAGAAAACGGAUACCGUCCGUGCAUUGAUUGCAAUGGGAAUCGACUAUCUCAGUCUUGAAACUCCUGAGAUUCGCCCGUGGGCGAUACAGGCCAUUGACUCUGCUAGGGUUCUCUUACAGCCGUUAAUCAAAGAAUGUGCCCGCCUCUGGCUCGCGAAACGGGCAUGGGAUGACAUGGAUUGGUUCAAUAAGUGUGAAGGAGAAACUUGGGUGUUGGUUGCGUACGAAUUCCUGACUGCGGAAGGAAACAACGAAGGCCCUGUCAGCAUACUCAAAGGAACUCGCCGAGUCGGACGGAUCACUUUGGAACUGAUCGAGCAAAUCGCUAAAAGUCAGAACUUGGAACAAGAUGAAUAUUGGUUUACCGGUGUUGCCUGGACAAUGAUGCAGGGAGAGGAUACCAGGCAUACCCGAAAAGCCAUUGAAUAUUUUCAGAAGGCAAUCACUCUGGCGGAGGCUCGGACGCGAAAGCUAUAUGGCAUCGAGAAGCCCACGGCUUGGGUCGCCUACGAAGGCCUCAGUCGGUGCUACGGUGAUAAUCUUCGACAACCCCUUCCAGCUCUAGCGGCCAUGCAGAAAGCUAUCGAGGCCUUACCAGCGAUCUUGCUGACCUACGGCGUCGAUUUCUAUUUCAAAGCACGCGCGGCUUUUUGGCGACUUCAAACCGAGGAGAACUACGAGAAGGAGGCCAGUCGGAUCGGCAGAGAGGCAUAUGAACGUUGUCAAAAAUUUACAUUCGGGGCAGACGACCCGUCGGAUCAUGUCAUCAUGGACAGCGUCAAGCUAUACAUUGAGAUUCUGAGCCGGACUCAGGAUUAUGACACGAUAGCAGCAGUCCUGCGUCACCUUGCAACGUGCCAGACACUCUUGCCUGGGUGUUCAUUGCUUCAUUGUCUCCUGCGACACAAAUUCACCGAACAAGAGUUCAAGCGGCUGACCGGGAUCAUUGCCAUGGUUUUGUACAAACGGCCAGAUCGCGAUUUAGAGAAUCUGCUUGAAGAGAACUUCAAACGUGUUGCUUAUAUUGACCUUUCGGGAAAGCCCAAGUGGAACGAUCUGCGACUGGCAGCGCGAUCUGCAAACUUCUUGAUGCGCCAUUACAAAGACGCAGCCGGGGCCACCAAGAUCUAUACAAGCAUACUAUCCGUUAUUGACGCCAACGACGAGUCUUACCGCCAGCGGAUGAAGCCGAUCCGAGACCAAUCUGCCGCGUUCCUCAGCCUGCGUCAUUUCACCGAGGCUGUGGAGGCCAAGUUAUCAAAACGAUUACGUUAUUCCCAAGCCCCGGAGAGACUCAGGAGCCUUGCACUGGAAGAUAGACGGCGGUAUCGCGCCUCCUACUCGGCUCUUCUGUAUGGAGUAUGGCUCCGAGAUUAUCGAUCAAAGUCUUCAAAGAUAUGGAGGCCAAUUUUCCAACCAUCCAUCACCGAGGCAAUACGCAAACUGGACGAUGACGAUCCGUGGAACGACGAUGAUGCCUACAACCAACUUGGAGAAGCGUUAAUGAUGGGCAACGAUACUGAAAACGCUGCAAUCGCCUUCGGCAUCACUAUGAUGCUCACGGACGGACUGACCACAGAGCCUACAGCACCUGACGAGGGAACGGAUCCUGGUCGCAGGCUGGACGAGGGCAGUGGUGAGGUGUUAGGUUGCAAGUACGCCAGCUCCAAGAGAAUCCGGCACUGCGACGGGAUCUGCGACCCUGCUAAGGACGACUUUGCAGAACUCUGGUGCUGUCGCCUAUGUGAGAAGACGUGGUUUUGCGGAGAUUGCCUGGUUCUGUUAAGGAAACAGGACCCUGAGGCAGAUCCAUAUGUGAUAUGUUCGUCAGAUCACACACACCUCCGCAUCUAUCCUGUGUCUGAUCGAGCAAGAGAUAUCGUUGAGGGCCUUCGACGUAACGACGUGGGUAAGCAUCGGCAGUGGUUACAAGAGGUGCAGGAAAUCUGGAGUACGGAAUAG